AUGGCAGCUCCGAUUCGUUUCUUCGAGCUCAACACUGGUGCCAAGUUACCUUCUGUCGCUCUCGGAACCUACGCCCUAGCCUCGGCAACGCUCGAACAAGCGAUUAAGAUUGGUUACAGGCAUAUCGACUGCGCUUCGAUCUACCGUAACGAGAAAGAGAUUGGUAGUGUACUGAAGAAGAUCAUAGAUGAUGGUCUCGUGAAGCGAGAGGAACUAUUUAUCACUUCGAAACUCUGGUGCAAUGAACAUUUGCCUGAAGAUGUUCCUAUGGCUCUGGAGAAAACAUUGAAGGAUUUACAAAUUGACUAUGUUGAUUUAUAUCUGAUUCAUUGGCCGGCGAGUUUAAAGAAGGAUUCACUUAUGCCAACACCUGAAACACUCACAAAACCUGACUUGCCAAGUACAUGGAUAGCAAUGGAAGCUCUCUACCAAUCUGGCAAAGCUCGUGCCAUCGGUGUGAGCAAUUUCUCUUCAAAGAAGCUUCAAGAUCUUCUCAACGUGGCUCACGUUGUCCCUGCUGUGAACCAAGUUGAAUGCCACCCAGUUUGGCAGCAGAAGUCUCUUCACGAGCUAUGCAAAUCCAAAGGAGUUCACUUAUCCGGUUACUCUCCUUUGGGGUCACAAUCUAAGGGAGAAGUGAGGCUAAAGGUUCUUCAGAACAAGAUUGUCGCCGAGGUUGCAGAGAAACUUGGGAAGACAACCGCUCAAGUGGCUCUUCGUUGGGGGCUACAAAUGGGUCAUAGUGUUCUACCAAAGAGCUCCAGCGAGGCUCGGCUAAAGGAGAAUCUUGAUGUUUUUGAGUGGUCUAUUCCUCAAGAUCUGUUUGUCAAGUUCUCUAACAUUCCCCAGGAGAAGUUAGUCCGAGGUGGUGAGUUCGCGAAUGAGGCAAGCGGUUUUUAUAAGUCCGUUGAUGAGCUCUGGGAUGGUGAGAUUUGA